ACAGGAUGUUGCUCUUUGACUCCAUGGUAACUGAGGGCGGGGAGCAGGAAGUCGCUCGCAGGAAGCGGAAGUGAGUCACGUUUGGAGCCGCACGUGGAAUCUGCGUGUAUUGGAGAGAUCUUUUCGCCACUGCCGCGGUACCCUUCGUGGGCAGACUCUAGCCAUGGGGCGAUCUGGGAAAUUGCCCUCUGGCUCCUCUGCCAAGCUGAAGCGCUGGAAGAAGGGCCAUAGCAGUGAUUCCAACCCCACAGGCCGGCGACACCGGCAGGCUGCUCGCAGCCGCUUCUUCAGCCGGCCCUCAGAAAAAAGUGAUCUAACCAUUGAUGCCCUCAAACUGCAUAAUGAGCUGCAAGCUGGGUCUCUGCCUUUGGCCAGGGGAGAGAAGGCUCAGCCCCACAUGGAAGAUGAAUCAGGCCCAGUGCUUUCAGAGAAAUCUUCAGGGACUUUCCUGAGUGGCCUUUCUGACUGCACCAAUGUCACCUUUAGCAAGGUGCAGCGCUUCUGGGAGUCCAACUCAGCUGCUCACAAGGAGAUCUGUGCAGUCUUGGCUGCAGUCACAGAAGUGAUCCGUUCCCAAGGAGGGAAAGAGACUGAAACAGAAUACUUUGGUGCACUGAUGACAACAUUAGAAGCUGUGGAAUCCACAGAAUCUUUAGCUGCUGUUGUUUAUUUGCUGAAUCUGGUUAUGAAGCGGGUUCCUAGCCCAGUGCUCAUUAAGAAGUUCUCUGAUACCUCCAAAGCCUUUAUGGGCAUUCUGUCCUCUCAGGCCAGCCUUGGUUCCACAGCAGUGCUUCGAUGGGCCCUCUCCUGCCUGGCUACCCUCCUACGCAAGCAAGACCUGACAACCUGGAGCUACCCUGUCACUCUACAGGUUUUUCAUGGGCUGCUGAGCUUUGUCGUUCAUGCUAAACCCAAGGUCCGGAAGGCAGCCCAGCAUGGGGUGUGCUCAGUCAUCAAGGGCAGCGAGUUCCUCUUUGGAGAUAAGGCCCCUGAAUAUCAUCCAGCUGCCCUUUCUACCGCCAAAUUCUGUAUCACGGAGAUUGAGAAGUCUGGAGGCUCCAAGGAGGCCACCACAACCCUGCACGUGCUCACACUACUAACCGAGCUAUUGCCAAGUUUCCCAUUGGGCACGGUGAAGAGCUGCUGUGAGAUGCUGCUAAGGGUCAUGACUCUCAGCCACGUGUUGGUGACUGCCUGUGCCAUGCAAGCUUUUCAUGGUUUCUUCCACUCCAAACCCAAUCCUGGCACCCUUUCUGCAGAGCUCAAUGCCCAGAUUAUCACGGCCCUAUAUGACUACCUUCCCAGUGAGAAUGAUUUACAACCCCUGCUUGCCUGGCUUACAGUUAUGGAGAAGGCCCAUACUAAUCUGGUCAGGUUACAGCGGGACCUUGGUCUGGGGCAUUUACCUCGAUUUUUUGGAGCUGCGAUGAACUGUCUUCUUUCACCCCAUGCAGCAGUGGCAACAGCUGCCACCCAGAGCCUCAAGGUGCUUCUCACAGAAUGCAUUGCUCCCCAUAUGACUGAUAUUGGCCCAGUGUCCUCUUCUGCCUCUGGACCUCCACUGUACAUUGCCAAGAUGUUCAGGACUGUGGAAGAAGGCCUGACGUACAAGUUCCACGCAGUGUGGGACUUGGUGUUGCAGCUGCUACAUGGCUUUUUUGAGGCUUGUGGGAAACAGGCUCACCUCAUAAUGAGGAAAUGCCUUCAGUCCCUCUGUGACUUGCGCCUGUCUCCCCACUUCCCUCACACACUUGCUCUGGACCAGGCUGUGGGAGCAGCAGUGAUCAACAUGGGCCCUGAGGUGGUGCUUCAAGCUGUGCCUUUGGAGAUCAAUGGCUUCGAAGAAAACUUGGAUUUCCCUCGGAGCUGGCUCCUGCCUGUCAUUCGUGAUCAUGUUCAAAACACACGGCUCGGCUUCUUCACAAGCUAUUUCUUGCCCCUGGCAACUACCCUGAAAAACAGAGCUACAGAGCUGGCCCAGGAGGGGAGCACUGUGGAGUCCAAAAUCUAUGACACUCUUCAGUGGCAGAUAUGGACCCUGCUGCCUGGAUUCUGUACCAAGCCAACUGAUGUGGCUGCCUCCUUCAAAGGGAUUGCUAGAACUCUGGGCACAGCCAUCAGCGAACGUCCAGACCUGAGACUCACUGUGUGCCAAGCACUGCGCACGCUGAUCACCAAGGGCUGUGAGAUGGAAGUGGACCGUGCUGAAGUGAGCCGCUUUGCCAAGAACUUUCUGCCAAUACUGUUCAAUGUGUAUGGGCAGCCUCUGGCAUCUGGGGAAACCACUGCACCCCGGCGAGCCGUGCUGGACACCAUCAAAACUUACCUUACUAUCACGGAACCAGAGUUGGUGAAUGGGUUCCUGGAGAAAGCCAGCGAGAAAGUGCUUGACCCAUCCAGCUCCGACUUCACCAGACACUCUAUCCUGGACUUGAUUGUGGCCUUGGCACCCCAUGCCGAUGAAGCCUCUAUUAGCAAGCUGUACAGUACAAUCCGCCCCUAUCUAGAGAGUAAGGAACACACAAUGCAGAAAAAGGCCUAUAGGGUGCUAGAGGAAGUGUGUGCCAGCCAGGAGGGUCCUGGUGAACGCUUUGUUCAGAGCCACUUGGGAGACCUGAAGAAAACCCUUCUGGAUUCCCUUCGAAGCACUGCCUCUCCAGCCAAGAGGCCCCGUUUGAAGUGCCUGAUUAACAUCAUAAAGAAGCUGACCUCGGAACAUGAAGAGUUUAUCACUGCCCUGGUCCCUGAGGUGAUUCUGUGCACCAAGGAGGUGUCGGUGGGUGCUCGGAAGAAUGCAUUUGUGCUGCUGGUGGAGAUGGGGCGCGCUUUCCUGCGAUUUGACUCUAACCAAGAAGCUGCUUUGCAGAGAUACCUGCUCCUGAUCUACCCUGGUCUUGUGGGCUCCGUCACCAUGAUCAGCUGCAGUGUCCUGGCCCUCACUCACCUGCUCUUUGAGUUUAAAGGUCUCAUGGGCACAGACGCCAUAGAGCAGCUCCUGAGAAAUGUGUGCCUGCUUCUGGCCUCCCGCACCCGUGACGUGGUCAAGUCUGCCCUGGGCUUCAUCAAGGUGGUGCUGCUGGUUAUGGACGUGACCCAUGUGGCCAAGCACUUGCAGCUGAUGAUGGAGGCCAUCGGGAGCCUGGCGGACGACAUGCGCCGCCAUUUUCGGAUGAAGCUCAGGAACCUGUUCACUAAGUUCAUCCGCAAGUUUGGAUUUGAGCUGGUGAAGGGGCUGCUCCCUGAGGACUACCACAGGGUCUUGGUGAACAUCCGCAAAGCUGAGGCCCGCUCCAAGAAGCAGCGGGCCUUACAGGAGGCGGUGUCUAUGGAUGAGGAUGAUGGACCUCCUCAGGCUAGAGGGGACAGCAUCGAGGAGAUUUUGGCUGACUCGGAUGAGGACGAGGAAUCCGAGAAGCCUGGGGCCAGGGACCAGAGGAAGCUGGCUAGGCAGAGGAGCAGUGCAUGGCUGAAGGAGGGUGGCGGGGAUGAGCCUCUCAACUUCCUGGAUCCCCAGGUGUCCCAGCGAGUCCUAGCCACUCAGCCUAGAGCAAACGCAAAGAGGAAAAAGGACCACGACUUCAAACUCAGUGCAGAUGGGCGUCUGAUCAUCCGUGAGGAGGGGGAGGAGGAGGAGGAGGCAGCUGGAGCUAAAGCUCCAGAUGCGGAUGAAGAGAUGACUGACCUCAAGCAAGAAGUACGCGUCCUGAGUAAAAAAGCCCGAAAGCUCAAGCUUUGGCAGGACCCCGACGAUGAUGAAGCAGAGCCCCCUUCCCAGUACCGAGCCGGAGGUUCUGGAAUCCACCGCCCGCUAGCCAGCAAGCCCGGGGCUGACUACAGGGCCAAGAAAGGAAGAGGUGACGUGAAGAAGAAGGGUCGCCCCGACCCCUACGCCUACAUCCCCCUCAACAAGGCCAAGCUCAAUCACAGGAAAAAGGCAAAGAUGCAGGGACAGUUUAAGGGCCUGGUGAAAGCUGCCCAGCGCGGGGCCCAGGCUGGGCACAAGAACCGAAGGAAGAAGCCUCAGUUCUGAGACCCGCGGCCCCGGGGGUCACCGUCUGAGCCCUGGUGAAGCUCCUGCUCUGUCCCGUGCCCGCCGUGGAGGCCACGACUCUGAGAGCAUCCUGGGACCGGGAAUGUGGUCAGAGAGUGACCCGACGGGCCUGGAGGCUGGUGGCCAGAGACUCACCAAGGCCUGGGCUGGGCCCUGGAAGACCCCCCAGAGGAAUCCUCUUCACUCAGUGGCUGGGAGAGGCAGCUCUAGAGAGCAGCUGCUGGGUGGAUUCCACUGUCCUGGCUGCGGAGUUCUUGGGGACGCUGUUUUCUGAGAGAGAGAGAGAGAGAGAGAGAGAGAGAGAGAGAGAGAGAGAGAGAGAGAGAGAGAGAGAGAGAGAGAGUGUGUGUGUGUGUGUGUGUGUGUGUGUGUGGCUUGCUGAAUCCCCUUAAUAAGCAUUGCUUUGGCUACUCUUACUUUUAAGGAGACUUUUUUGUUAGUAUUUAUUUCAACACAGCAGAUAGGCCCCAACAGUAGUGCUUCCCCUCUGAGAGGACAGUUUCACAAAGGCCAUGUGAAAGAGGGAUUAAAGAGGAAAGAAGAGAAAUUCCAUUUACCAUAGACACACAAAGCAUCUGGGGAUCCAAAAGGAGACAGAUAUUGGACACACAACGAAGAAACAAAAGACGUGGAUCACCAGAGAAACGGCCAGAUGGCUUGGGUUGUCCAAUCUUCCUGGAGGAAUAAUUCGUAGAAUUAAAAUUUUUAAAUUCCUUUGUAAAUCUGGCCUCAGACACUUCCUCGCCGAGUGACCCUGGGCGAGUCACUUAACCUCCAAUGUCCCCCUCUCACUGCUAUUCUGCCUUAGUCUCGAUUCUAAGACAGGAGGUAUGGGUUGUUUUUAAAAAAAUUUAAUUUGGACAAUAAAAUCAAGACUAUCAGAAAUGGACAGAAGGGGGACUUGGCCUAAACAAAUCUUAGUCGUUAUAGUCCAGUCAUUUCAGCCACAUCUGAUGCUUCAUGACCCAUUUGGGGUGUUCUUGGUGGAGAUCCUGGAGUGGUUUUGCCUUUUCUUUCUCCAGAUCAUUGUACAGUUGAGGAAACUGAGGCAGAUGGGGUUAUGACUUCCUCUGCUAGGCGGGAUCUAAGGCUGGACUUGAACUCAGGAAGAGGAGCCUUCCCAGCUCAGCCCAGCGCUCUAUCCCAGCGGCCCCAGCAAAUCUGCUGGUGCUGAACAGAAGAGUGAAAUGGGCUAGCGGAGGGGAGAAGCGUGGCACGGAAGAGACCACAGCACCCUUGAGGGAGCCUUAAGGUUAAUUAACUCAGUAAUGGCAGCAGCUAACAUUUAUUUAGUGCUUAUUACCAUAUGGCAGGCACUGGACAAAUAUCUCAGUUCAUUCUUAAAAGUCUCCUGAGAUACAUCAGUGCUGUUAUUCCCAUUUCACAGAUGACAGUUGUGGCAAACAAGUUAGGUGACUUAUCCAGGGUCACACAGUAAACACCCCUUGACUUGAAACCUAGGUUAUAAGUUCUAGGAGAAGACCCCUUCUAUUCUAACUAACACCAGUGGGGAAAAGAGAAACUAUGGAGCCUGGUGGAAAGAGUACCAGGCCUGGAGUUGGGAGGUCCUGGGUUCUAAUUGCCUAACCUUACUGCUCUUUGGACUUGGAAUAGAUCAUUGGUAUUGACUUGAAGACAGAAGGUAUGGGUUUAAAAAAAGCCAAGAUCUUACUAUGCCAUAAUGAAUUCCAAAUGGACAAAUGAGCUAAAUAUUUUAAAACUACAUUUAAACAAAAUCGGAGGACAAGUUGUAUCUUUUACAAUUGUGGGCUAAAGAAAAAUCCAUGGCAAGGCGUGCUAUUAAAAAAAAAUCCUGAACUAUAAGGUCAUAAAACCUGAAAGAGAUAAUCUCAGUUGUGUAAAAUUUUUACUUACACAAAAAUCAAUACAAGUAAGAGCAAAAAAAAAAAUAGAUAUGAAUUAGAGGAAAAUCUUGGUAUGAACUUAAUUUCCACCAACUAUUCAGAGCGUAUAUGUGAAUCUCUUUGAGGAUGUAUUCUCCAAAUUGACAACAGGCCAAAUGGUAGAUAGGCAUCAGUAACUAACCCCAAAAUACUAGAAAAAAUGGAAGGGAAAUGCUCAAUAAAACAACCAUAGAAUAUCUCCUCUCCUCUUUCAAGCCAAAGAAGGAAGGAAAACUUGUUUGAGAGACUCUGGGGAGGGAGGCACAAUUCAUUGCUGGUGAAUUUGAAAGGCAAAUUGGAAUUCUGGGAGGAAGUCAGUAGAUUGUUAAUACCCUUUGAGCCAGAGAUUCCACAGGUACUACUAUAUCACAAGGAGAUAUUGGUAGCAAUAAAAUAUAUGUACAAAAAAUAUUCAUAGCAACAUUCAUGAUUUUAAAAAGUGGAUUCUUAUUAAUAUUUACAUUGUUUAGAUUUUUGCCCUAUCUCUCUUCCCCUUCUGAGACAUCCUUUAUCGCAAAGAGUUCUUCAAAAAAAGAAAAUGCAUCAAAUUAAAUAUAUUUUAAAAACCCUGAUGUUCUAUAUAAUGUUUGAUAUUUGUUGAUUCUUCCUACUUCUGCAAAGGAGGGGACAAGGUGUCUUUAUCUUUUCUUUGAGGUCAGAUUUGUUUUCUAUAAAACUUGUUGCAUCCAUUUCUAAUGUUUGCAAUUAUUUCUAGUGACAUCAUUGUAGUCAUUGUAGAUAUUAUUUUCCUGACUCCACUUUUUAUUAGUUCAUAUAACUUUCCAUUCGUCUAUUUUUAACCAUUCUGUGUUAUUACCACAAAAAUAUAACCUGGUGAUUAUAGCACCUUUUUGUCAGUGACCUGUAUACUUAGUAGGAAUCUCUGGGUCUAAGGAUAUGGGCAUUGUAAUGACUUUUUGUUUAUUUGAAAGUUUAUUUUCAAAAUUUUUUUGCCAAAAAUUUUUUUUCUCAAUUUGGUUUCCAGGAUAGGUGUACUAACAGUUCCACCAAUAACGCACCAGUGUGCCCGUAUUUCCACAACCUCUUUAAUAUUAACUAUUUCCAUUAUUUAUCAUCUUUGCCAGUUCACUGUGUGAUUUUUAGAUUCUCUCCAUUUUGUUUGGUCUUGCACCCAGGAAUGUGUACACCCACAUUACACGGGCAUGACAAAUCAGAAACAGCGGACAGACCCCUGGGCUGGCCUAAGUCAAGCUAAGCUAUCAUUGAUACAGAUGAGACACAGGAAAGUGGUGUAAAACUGAUGUCACUUCCUCUCCCUUUUCCCUGGAGAGGCUGCCUGCUAAGCAUUCCUGGCGUGGUGGUAGCUAUUUGUCUGGGUUUGGCAGUGAGUUUGCCCUUGAGCUGAUGCAGGUUCAGGCAUUUUGACUGAGCCCUUUUGGAGUUCAGGCUGAUUCCUUCUUUCUUUCUAGAGCCUCUGGUUUUCCUUGUGGCACUAGCCAGGUGGGAGAAAUCCUACUCCCUUUCCUUCUUAAUCUCUUUCCACUAUAUCAAUUAAAUCACCAUAAAUUUCCAGCUGACUUGGGUAUUUUAUUAUUUGGGAUUUUCCCUGGUGACCAAUUAAAUUUAGAUUUUAAGUCACAACGCUAAAAUUAUCUUUACAACUGGAUAUGUGAAAUGAAACUUCAAAGUUUUUUUAUUUGUUUAUUGAUUUGUUUCCUUGUUAGUGAUUUGGAGUGUUCUUCCAUACAAUUCUUUGUUAACUACUCAUGCUCUUUGACCACUUGCCUAUUGGGGAAUGACUUUUGGUAUUAAAUAUUUCUGUUGUCCCUGUGUCUUGGAUACCAAACCCUGAUCAAAGGAAACAGAAAAGAGUUUCGGCCACUUCCUUUUUGACCCUAGAUACAUUAAUUUUGUUUGUGUAGUUUUUAAUUGCUACAAAGAAUUAGAAACAAAGUAAAUGCCCGCAGACUGGGACUAAACAAAUUGUGAUAUAUAUGAAUGUAAUGAAAUAUUACUGUACUGUAGGAAAUGCCAUGUGGGAUAUACAGAGAAACAUGGAAAGGUCUGCACGAAUUAAUUCAGGGUGAAUGAAAUAAGCAGAACCAAGAAAACUGUAUAAGUGUAUAAUGGUAUAAAUUUAAUAAAAGUGUAAAUUUAGAACAGUGUGAGGCAAAAUCAAAAGUGAAUGCUGCAAGAUGUAAAAGAAUGGAUGUGGUUUUAAAGAAGAGAUAUAAGAAGACUCCCUUACCCUUUUGUAGAGGUAAGAGGUUCACAACUAUUACACAAUGUAUAUUUUUGGCCUUUUUUGCUAUAGUAAUCACUUAUGCUGAUUUUCCUCCUGUUUUGUGUGUGUGUUUAGAAAACAUGGGAGGGAAUGGAAAAGGAAAUUAUGGUUAUUAAAAUAUGCAGACAUUUUUCAGUUUUGUGUAAUAAAUGAUCUAUUUUAUCCUU